UGUGUGUGUGUGUGUGUGUGUGUGUGUUCUGUUGCAGCUUGGCCUGCAUGUGUCACUCCUUCCACUACAUCAAGAGGGUUUUGGAGACUCUGUUUGUCCAUCGUAUCUCCCAUGGGACCAUGCCUCUCAGAAACAUAUUUAAGAACUGUGGCUAUUACUGGUGCUCUGCRGCUUGGAUGGCAUAUUACAUCAACCAUCCACUCUACACUACACCCUAUUACGGGCAGCAGCAGGUGAACGCUGGGCUUUACAUUUUCCUGUUCUGCCAAGUAGGAAAUUUUUCAAUCCACAUCGCACUGCGUAACCUCAAAGCUCAAGGCUCAAAAGUCAAGAAAAUACCUUAUCCAACAAAAAAUCCCUUCACGUGGAUUUUUUGGCUAGUCUCGUGUCCCAACUACACAUAUGAGCUGGGAUCCUGGAUUGGCUUCACGGUGAUGACCCAGUGUGUGCCCGUGGCGUUCUUCACCAUCGUGGCCUUCGUCCAGAUGGCCGUGUGGGCUAAAGGCAAACAUCGCAGCUACUUAAAGGAGUUUAGAGAUUAUCCCACCCUCCGCUCAUCCAUACUGCCCUUCAUCCUGUAAUAGAGUCUGGCGAGGAGAACCGUCAUUCCCGCGCACAUCCAUGAGGUUAGGKGUGUACAGGUGCAUCUCCAUAAACUAGAAUACCACAAAAGAGCUCAUGUGUUUCAGAAAUCCAAUCCAAACACUCGAAUAUAGRUUUGUGCAGCUCUGACUGUGGACUUGAGAAAACAGUGGACCAACAUCAGCAGAUGACACGGCUCUAAAAAUCAUCACUUGGUGUGAAAACAUCACAUUGGACCUCAAAUGGCUCAGGAGUGGCUUAACACAACGAAUUCAACAACUGUAGCUCACGUCCAUGAGACGUCUGUGUGUGUGGCACCGACUCCAGCUGCAGCAAAUCUCCCCCAUGGCCUUAAACAGUCCAAAAAAAAAAAAAAAAGGUUAAUCAAAAAUGCCUCUAUCAUUGUUGCUUGUGCAUAUUUUUCCAGCACACUUUUUCCUUUCGCUCAACUUUCCCACUAUAUGCUUGGAUAGAGCACACUGAAUGGCCGGCUUCUUUUGCUUACCCUCCAGUGACCAUCAAUCCACUGUAUUUUAAUUUGCUUAGGCAGUGAAGUUUGGCUUUUCACACAGUAUGAGUCAAAGUAAGGAGUUGAGAUACAUUUAUCUGUGACAGAUAUGAACUUUAGUUUUACUUUUUGAACACAUUUAGCAAACUAAGCUUUUUAAUAGUGUUCUAAUUUAAGGAGAUGCACUGUAAAUGCGUAUUGGUCAUUUUAUUUCCUCUGGCUGUUGGACUUUUAUGGGCAAAUAAAGGCAGCAAAUUGCAGUAAAGUCUUACUAUAAAGUGUGUAAUUUAGUGAAAUGUCAUUUUGUAUUUUGCUACUUUAAGUUUUAAGAUGCCCAUUACAAAUUGCUCCAAAUAUAUUUAUGUUUAUAGAGAGAGAUGUGUGGAAAACUGAGUGACCCCUUCUUGAUUUUUAAUUUUGAAUGUUUAUUACACUUCAUUGUUUCAAAUCUGAAAACACUGAACUUGAAAGAAAGAAAGAAACAAAGAAAGAAACAAAGAAAGGGGACAAGCACUUUUUCAUACUACUGUAUAAAUAAA